UUUUUAAAGGCCGAGAAAAUUGUGUUCAACAUUGAGGCCCGACUUAAUGGCAUACCGGCCCGUAAUGAGAAGAAUCUACCGAAAGGCGUUCCCCUGUCGGUCGAGGGUCAGGUCGACUCCAUUAUCAAAGAAGCGACGGAUGUUAACAAUCUGGGGGUUAUGUACGUCGGGUGGACGGCAUACCUAUAGGACAAACACAGCGUAUUGUCUCGUAUUUAUUCAAUCAAAUUGUGUUCAAGUAUUUUGUAUUUAAUUAAUUUGUGUUUAAAUUAUUUUUCUAUGACUUUCAAUAAUUUUGUGACCAUUUGUGCCAUUUUUCUAUUCAGA